AUGGGAAAUAGCCCGUCCAAAGAUGAACCCCUACCGAAGUCGUCAUCCUCAUCAAAUACAAACAAUGAAGGAAACUCAAACUCAGGUACAAGUGGAAGUACCGACUUAGAUCCUGAUGAGAUGGCCCUGGCGCUAUCUCAACUAAAUUUGAAAAAACUGCAUCAUAGAAUUAAUAAUCAGCAACAGAAGGCACCUACUACAGCAAAGAGUUUGCAUGCGACAUCUCCAGCUAUUGAAAUCAAGGAUAAGGAGAAGAAGCGUCGUGGUGGCAGCCAGUAUUUGAAUGUCCCUACUGAAACUAGUCAAAGAGGAGCUGCGCCUUCACACUCUCCUAACAACAGGACCGUUUCUAAGCCUCAAGGUAAGGUGACGUCUUCGUCGUCUUCAUCGUCUACAUUUGAGGAAUAUCCAGCAAACCAAGACUUUGACUUGGAGAUUGGUUUAUCAAUGGCUAAACUUUUAAAGAAUCAACACGAUGUAUCUUCAUCGGUGGAGUCACUGGACAUUUCUGUUGCCUCGCCGGUAUUUACAACUUCAGGCAACGACAUGAAGGAAGAAGAACUGCUCCUGUCGUCUGGCUCAAGUCCUGGUAAUUAUAUUGCAACAAAGAGUUUGGCAAAUAUUGAGGGUUCUCCGUUAGUUUCAAAAUUGGAUUCAAUAGCUGAAAGCAGGUCAUUGGAGUCAUCGCCUGAACCAAGAAUACUAUCGCAAGAGAACUUGAGAAAAUUUGACAAGGUAACGUCAGUUGCAACUCAAAAACCACAGUCAAGUAGCUCAACUUCAUUAUCAAGUUCGCCACCGUUGAUCCCAAGUAACAAGAAGUUGGCAAUUGAUAUUGAUAGCGUCAUUGAAAGAUUAUUGUCAACCAAGAAACGGUCAACGUCUCGUAAAGCUAAAGAUGCUUUACGUGUUGAUUCUGAAGAAAUUAGAUACAUCUUGGGCAAAAGUAGACAAAUCUUUUUGGAACAACCUAAUCUAUUACGAUUAUCCCCACCAGUAAAAGUUGUUGGCGAUAUACAUGGACAAUUUCAUGAUCUCAUUCGUAUAUUCAACUGUUGUGGGUAUCCGCCAUACUCAAAUUAUUUAUUUAUGGGUGAUUACGUUGAUCGUGGAGAAAAAUCAUUGGAAACAAUUUUAUUACUCUUGUGUUAUAAAAUUAAAUAUCCCGAAAAUUUCUUUAUGUUGAGAGGUAAUCAUGAAUCAGCGAAUAUCACCAAGAUUUAUGGAUUUUAUGACGAGUGUAAGAGAAGAUUGAAAAAUCCACGCAUGUGGAAGAAUUUUAUUGAUGUGUUUAAUACUUUACCAGUUGCAGCAACAAUCAAUGAUAAGAUUUUUUGUGUUCAUGGAGGAUUGUCACCAGAGCUUAAUGAUUUGUCUCAAAUUGAGAAUAUCAAAAGACCAACCGAUGUUCCUGAUAAAGGGUUAUUGGCUGAUUUACUAUGGUCCGAUCCUGAUCCUCUGAUUAGGAAUUUUUCAUUAACAAAUUGGCCCAAGAAUGAUCGGGGUGUUUCUUAUUGUUUUGGAAAGAAGCACGUUGAUUACUUUUGUUCGAAAUUCAAAUUGGAUCUUAUUGUCAGAGGUCAUAUGGUUGUUGAAGAUGGGUAUGAGUUUUUCAACAAGAGGAAGCUUGUAACUGUUUUCAGUGCUCCUAAUUAUUGUGGAGAAUUCAACAAUUUUGGAGCAAUCAUGAGCGUCAAUAAACAUUUGUAUUGCUCAUUCGAGUUGAUUAAGCCAUCUUAG